GAGUGACGUAAUGCUUUUACAAUCAUUGUACUGGGCUUUAUGUUUCCUGAGGAGUUUUGAGUUUGUCUGUUAAAAGUGCUUUAGCUUUCAGAGUCUUCGUUGUUUAAAGAUGGCGUACCUCGACAACCCGUGUAAAAGGUAUGAGGAAUCUUCUGUGUAAGUAAUAACACCAAAACACAACAAUCUCGUGUAAAUUCCAUGUAUUUAAUCAAAAGCCGGGAUGCGCCUGACACCAAACCACGCGAACCCGGCCAAAGAGCCCCGCCCAUCCCGUUACCACGACAGCCACCAGCAAAGAUGGCUAGCUGCUAGCUUGUUACAGCUGCUGCCGACCCUGCAGUCUGGCCUCCCGCCCUGUUACACUUCAACACUGUCCAACCACCUUUAAACCUGGAGGGACAAAACUUAAAUCCGCGAUGUGCUCCGUCGUCGGAUGUGAUUCGUCGCGUCGCAGUGCGCAACGGUUCAAGUUACCGGAGGACCCAGAGAGUAGACUGGAGUGGGUUCAGUUUAUCUUCGAAGUCAAUGGACAACGACUUAAAGAAUCGUCCUGGACUGAUAUCACCAUUUGUAGUGAACACUUCACAGAUGACUGUUUUGACCUGGCUGCGACUGGCACGGUCCAGCUAAAGCCCAGUGCAGCCCCAUCACUGUGUAUCAAGUCAGAGCCAGACGAACCUCUGGAGAGCCCACAAUCUGUGGAGCCUGUGGAAACCACUGAAGUCGCUUGUCAGUGUGAUGACCUUGACACUUACAACAGUCCAGCUGCCUACUCUGAAAAGUCGAAACAUACUUUAACAGAUGCUGUCACCAUUGGACAUGGCCAAAAUGUACAAAAAGUUAUGAAUACGGAUUUGAACAAGGAAAAAGCUGCACUUCUGCAGAUGGAAGGAAAGCACAUUGUGAAUGAAAGCUGCCUGCUCCAGCUGUUUCGCCGCAAAUGCCCGUCGUGUGGCUGCAAGCUUCGGAUGGAGAAGGUCACCUGUGGGGUACUGAUCAUCUUGAACCAACAGUGUCUUCAGUGUGAGUACAGAAACCAGUGGAAAAGCCAGGUCAAUGCCAGUGUCCCAACAGCUGAAGAAGUAACUCCAGAGACCCAAAAAGAAUUGCCAACAGAUGACAACCCCUGCAGUGCAGUCUCCUCUGAGGUCGUUACUCUCAGUGAUGAAGACAGCGAUCCCUCAGAUGAUGGAGAGGACGGUGAUGAAGGUGGGGUGAGUACAGACGGGGAGUGGAAUCCAACGGAGGAGAUUUUGCUGGCUGAGGAGCUCAGAAAGGAAUCUGAGGAGGAAACCGAAGAUGAAGGCGAAGAGGAAGACGAUUUUGAUUCCCCGGGUGGCCUCAAGAUUAACGAGCUCUGCACAGAGUGUGGAAGCUUUUUCAAUACUCUGAAGCCUCACACAUGUGAGCACAAAAUUAAGCCCUAUUCCUGCAAUAUUUGUGGCAAAAGAUGCGUCACUGAGACGUCUCUAAAAACUCAUAGCAAAAUCCAUGAUGAAACGUAUGAUCAUCCCUGCAAAUACUGCCACGUUACCUUCAAGACAAGGGUGGACAAACUUAAACAUGAGCAGAUCCAUCAGGAUAGCAAAGAUCCCUAUAAAUGCCCCGACUGUCCAGAGACAUUUGCCACAAGUAAAGCGCGCAGCAUCCACCUGUCAAACCACAGAGUGCCAAAGGAGUUCAAAUGUGGAGUGUGUGGGAUUGAGUUUAAGGAUGUACAUCAUCUUCGGAGACAUUCCGUUGUUCACACGGGACUGAAGCCGUACAAGUGUUCGGUGUGCCAGCGUGGCUUCAACCAGACGAGCCAUCUCAAAUCUCACAUGCGUCUGCACACAGGGGAAAGGCCUUAUAAGUGUCAGCACUGUGACAAAUGCUUCAAUCACAACGUGAGCUUGAAGAGUCAUGUCCAGCGUUACCACGCAUCCAAUUCUGGGCGUGAACAUAAGAAGGGUAAGAUCAAUGAAAGAGCAAGCCACACUGGUGAUGCUGAGGACAGUGAGAGUAAGAGAGGAACAGACUCAGAGUUUGACAAUAUAGAGGAAGAACAAGACACAGAAGAGGAGGUGCAGAAGGAGAGAAUAGAUUUGCCAAAAAGUAGAAAGAGGAGCACAGGCCGACCCAGAGGAAGGCCUAAGAGAGAUAGAGCGGGCGACUUGCUUCUGUCAGGGCAAAAUAAAAACAGGCGCUCAAAGACUAAGACUUCAAAAUCAAAGGUGCAGAAGUCCAAGACAACUGGUUCCAGCGAUGAGGAGGGUGAGGGCGAGCGGUCGGACAGCAGCAUAUCAUUUGACUCGGAAGAGGAGGAAGUAUCAGAAGAAGAAGAGGAGAAGCAGACAGCGAAGAAGAGCAGAGGGAGAUCUAGAGGAAGACCAAAAAACGACAGUGACUCUGAUUUUCACCCAGAAGAGGACACAAAGAAAAAGAGGUACAGCAGUGACAACAGUGGUGAGAGGUCAGGGAAGCGCAGGGGGAGAGCAAGAAAGAAAGUAAUGGUCUGACAUUUCUUACAAUUGACAGAGAAGAAAAAAAAAACUGGUGUGAGCAGCUGUGAUAAGAAAGGAGCAAUAAUGAUUGGAUGGCCACACAGAACUGGAACCUUGGAACAGUUAGGAAUAUGAGAAACAAAAAUACACAGAAGAGGGCCUUUCCAAAUUUCAUACAUUUUUAGUGUUAUGAGAUCAUAUUUACACUUAUUUACGCAGUUUAUACAAAAAGCCCUUAAUUCAUUAUGUCUUAUGAAAAUACGUUCAGUCUUUUAAGAAGUGCUAAGAAAGUCAAUGAUUGUUCAAAGUCAAUGUGAAGCUAAUGGAAGGAGUUAUUUAGCUUGUCUUGGUGGCUUCCAUCAACGACUGGGUGCAUUGUAAGACAGUGAAUGUCAGUGUAAGGUGAGAUAACUGCGAAUUCCCUUUGGAAAAUCUUGGUUAAAUAAUCACCAAAUGUUGGAAAGAAGGAUAUUGCUGCUGGAAAAUAUGUAUGUAUCUAUUCAUGUGCAGUUUUGUAAUAAUAAUGAUGUCAGUUUCAAGCAAAAAAUACAUUUAUACUCUUAAAAGUC